CGUUUACCCUCCCUUCAGUGCCAUUUCCGAGUUGCAGUCAUGAAGACAUCGUCGGGACUUGUUCUGCUCGUGUCGCUCGUGCUCCUGUGCUUUGCGAGCGUGGUCGACGCCGACUGCAAUUCGUGCGUGUACAAUGGCGAAUGCAGCACUGCCUAUCGAGGGACCCCUGGUCGAUCCUGUGGGGUUGUUGCUGGCAAAACGUGCUGCUGUCCACAGAACGCCCAAUGCGCAACCACUCCUUUCGAUUGUCGUUGUGCCGCCGCCCCUGCUCCCUACCGCCCACACAACGGAUCCGGAUCUACGAUCGUUGGUAGCAUUGCUUCGUUUUUGUUUUUGAUCUGUCUGGCGUGGUGCCUCUGUCGCUGCUGCUGUCGCAACGACGACGCAGAGUAUGUGCCGGUCGCCCAAGCGCAAUACAUUCCCGUGGCCCAACCGACGAAUCAAUAUGGCCAGCCAGUGUACACAAACCAGCAACCGGUCUAUGCAAGCCAGCAGCCUGUGUACGCGGCCCAGCAGCCGGUAUACAUGGCGCCUCCGCAGCCAGUGGUGUACCAGAGCUAUCAGUCUGGCUAUGGCGUAGGCACAGGCGCCGCCUUGGGAGCUGCCGCGGGAGUCGUAACUGGCGUUGCCAUUGGGGAAGCCAUGCACCAUCACGACGGAGGUGGGUACGAUGGCGGGUACAACAACACGACCUUUGCUGGGGAUACUGGGGACAACACGUUUGCUGGCGACUCGGGCGACAACGGCGGCGGCGACUUUGGCGGUGACUUUUAGGUUCAGUUAUGCGUCCUAUUCAAGCAUCAUCUAUUAUUGUGCUGUCAAAACAUCGUUUGGAUCAUGCGACAACGUUUCAUUGUCACUGGGACGAGCCUUGGAAUUCUCAUGAAAUGAAUUGGCUUUAAAUAGUUCUGUUUGCAUGAAAAAAAGAGCUAUACUCUGAUCUUGGGCAAUGUCAAGACAGUCUGCCCAUUCACAACAUGCGAUCGACUCCAUCAGGGCGCAGUGGUGGCGUCGGUGCCGCGAUUUGUUGUGGAAGUUCAUGGUGAGGCUGAUUCUGGACCUGUGGUUGGGGAGGGUACUGCAUCGCAUGGGAGAACGGAAGGCUGUACAUAUUCGCGCCAGCGUGCAACGGCGGAAUGGCAACGUAAUGAUGUUGCCGUACGAAACUCUGUCGCAUGCGCUUCAAGCAGCCCCAGUACACGCAAAAGCAGCACGUCAACCACACGAACACAGCCACGAGGCCGCUGGAGCGGAUCUUGGACGCGUCCCACGAAGUUGACUCUACAGGCGAGAAUGUUGCAUGAUCCGUGACGGGGCUACAUUGACAAGUGAGCGAGGUGGGUAUGCACACGGCAUUGUCUGGGCAGCAGCAGGGAGUUUCGGCCCAGUUGCCACAGAAAUACCCAGCGCCGCCAUUGAAAGCCGUGGCACACUGCCCACUGGUCGCGCAUGCAGAGCAGUCACCGGACACGGCGGCAGCAUGGAAGAAUGCCAGUGCCAUUGCACGGAGUACGAGUGCUCGGAGGGUUAUUGCUGACGCGGUCAUUCUGUUUGUUGUUGGAAAGGCG